AUGGCUCGCAAAAUCCAAAACAAACAUCCAUUGGGAAUCAAUUCGGACACCUUGAAAGAGACUGAACGCUUUCUAAUGAAGACGGUACAGUACAGAACCUUUGGAGCAGAGAUUGACUGUCUGCUGGCAAAUUCGCCCAUCCCUAGGAAUAGCACUAUAUUGAGCUUGGAUCCAAAGCUGGAUGAACAUGGUAUUCUGUGUGUUGGCGGACGCCUAAACAAAUCAGAUUUUGAUGCUCGCCUGAAAAACCCGACCAUUAUUCCUGGUGACUCUCACCUUGCGAGGCUCCUAGUGCAUCACCAUCACUCAAGGGUCAAACAUCAGGGUCGUACGUUCACAGAAGGAGCAGUUAGGUCGGCUGGUUUAUGGAUCACUGGAGCUAAGAGGGUGAUCUCCUCGCUCAUAUACAAAUGUGUUUCAUGUCGGAAGCUCCGUGGAAGACAACAAUACCAGAAGAUGGCUGAUCUCCCUAGUGACCGUCUAAUGCCAAGUCCUCCCUUCACUUACGUUGGAUUAGACACCUUUGGACCAUGGUUUGUUGUUACACGUCGCACUAGAGGGGGUCAGGCUAAUAACAAGCGGUGGGCUGUUUUAUUCACAUGUCUUACCACAAGGGCUAUCCAUAUCGAAGUUGUUGAAGAAUUAUCUUCUUCUUCAUUCAUCAACGCUCUCAGAAGAUUCAUUUCAAUAAGGGGACCAGUGAAGGAACUGAGGUCGGAUCGCGGAACAAACUUUGUUGGAGCAACAGAUGCCCUCAAGAUAAAUGUUGUGAAUGUUGAGGACAAUUCUAUCAAGCGUUUCCUAGAUGAUGAAAGGACCAAAUGGAUUUUCAAUCCACCACAAUCCUCACACAUGGGCGGCGUCUGGGAAAGGAUGAUAGGAGUCACACGAAGAAUUCUGGACUCUAUGUUGGCAGAAACCCGCCAUAGGCAUUUAACUCAUGAAGUUCUAUCGACAUUCAUGGCCGAAGUAUCUGCGAUUGUGAAUGCGCGACCUAUCGUCCCAAUUUCCUCGGAUCCUCAGUCGCCAGAAAUUCUUACCCCUGCCAUUCUCUUGACUCAGAAGACUAAUCAUGAGGUGGAACCAAUGGAACUUUGUGAUUCCAAGGACUUGCUUCGAUCGCAAUGGCAGAGAGUUCAAUCCCUCGCAAAUACGUUCUGGAAUCGUUGGAGACAGGAAUAUCUCCACACUCUACAGCCAAGACGGAAGUGGUUUCAGGACCAGCGUAAUGUGCUACAGGGUGAUCUUGUUCUACUGAAUGAGAAGAACAGUGCUAGAAAUGAUUGUCCAAUGGCAGUUGUCGAGAGAGCCUUCCCAAGCAGUGAUGGGAAAGUACGAAAGGUUGAACUUCGAAUAAUGAGAGGAGGAAAGAUUACGAGGUACAUUCGUCCAGUUACAGAGUUGGUAACACUGCUAUCUCCAAACUCUGAUACUUCAUAA